UCCACAUCGUGGGCUGCUGCUUCGACUCCCCUUUCCCCGUGAGCGAGUGUAACCUAGCCGCCGCCGCCCACGCUCGCCGCCGCCGGUGCCGCCGAUGGAGGACGACAACCUGCUCUCUGAGAUCCUCCUCCGACUCCCCCCAGAUCCGUCCUCCCUCCCUCGCGCCUCCCUCGUCGCCAACCGCUGGCUCGGCCUCGUCUCCGACCCCGGCUUCUCCCGCCGCUUCCGCCCCCACCACCACCGUAACCCCCCUCUUCUCGGUUUCUUCGAGAGCUCGCACUUCGAACCUACAAUGGAUUCCCCCAAUCGUGUCCCGGAAGGUCGCUUCUCCUACGAGCACACCGGCAACGGCUGCUUCAUACCCUUCGGGUGCCGCCAUGGCCUCCAACUCAUCUUCCACCAAUCAGGGAAGCAGCUCCAUGUGCGGGACCCGUUCAACGGCGACAAGCGCCGCCUACCCGUUCCCCCGGGGUUCGAUGGCUGGGAGACCCCGAUCAGCGGAGCGGUGUUUCGCGCUGCCGGAGACAUCCAACACUUCCAGGUGGUCUUGGUAGGCACCGAGAGAAACAACCAACAUCAUACACGGGUAAUCGCCCGCGUCUACUCAUCGGAGACUGGCAUAUGGGGUAAUCUCAUGUCGACACCGCUUCCACCCAAGGCUUCGAGUUCUAUGGACCAACAUCCCACCAAGAUUAGAAUGUGGUUUACUAUCAGUGUGCUAGUUGGGCAUUCCCUUUACUGGUUGCUCACUAAUAUAUCGGCAGCAACCAACAUGUUGGAUGGCAUCCUUGAGUUUGAUUUGGAGAGGCAGACUCUAGCUGUGAUACCGGUGCCGGUGGAUAUUGCCAAUAAUUGUCUUAGCCAAUUUCAGGUUAUGCAGGCAGAGGGUGGUGGACUUGGUAUUUUCUUUCUAUCAAAAUUCAGUGCCCAACUAUGGAAGAUGGAGACUGAUUCUGAUGGUGUUGCUUCAUGGGUGCUGGGAAGAACUGUUGAACUGGACAAGCCACUUUCCCUGAAUCCAGAAGAGGAAGAGUCCCUAAUUAUAGGGGGGUUUGCUGAGUACAAUAAUGUUGUGUUCCUACGGACACCUACCAACUUCUUCAUGGUCCAGCUUGAGUCAUUGCAGUUCAAGAAAGUUUCCAAGAGCAACAGCUUGACUCGCUAUGAUCCGUUUGAAAGUGUCUAUGUUGCAGAAUACCCCCUUGUAGGCACGGGUAUUGAUGGUGGACAUGAUGGAGCUGAAUUUUUUCGUAAUACGUAAGAUGAUUGAUCAGAUGGAUAUGCUACUUUGAUGUUUUAACUGAGUAUUAUGAAGAGGUGCAGAGAUGGGUUGCUGGGGGCGUAGCUUCUUCCGUUCCGUUUAGCCGAGAUGCAGAAAUGGCUUGUUGGGGGUGUCCUUUUGGUGUGCUACACAUGGAAAUUGAUCCUCUUCGUUCUACUUAGCGCACGCUGGUGAACCGUGCAGUGGACUUGUAUGGAUUUACAUAGUUUGCCUGUCCGCAUCUAUUAUUAUGUCGAACUUUUAUCUGGUACUGGCUAAUGAAUGUUAAUUCCGAACUGCAACUA